AGACACAGCCAGAGCACUGAGAGAUAUAUUUGAUGUAACUGGAGUGAAUAAGGGGACCUUCUUCCUAAGCACAGACAUUGGAGCCUGUUAUCAGCAUGAACUCAUAUGUGUUAGACAAACCCGUGAAUAGUUCAUAUCCAUCCUUCACUACAGGAAGCAUCAGAAUGAUACCGCAAACUCCAAAAGUCUUAGACACUAAUGACUAUUCACAAACAUUGGGGAUAUCACAGAAGAUAUUAAAUGGAGAUGGUGAAUUGGCAGGAACUGGGCAGCAAUCAUUAUGUACAGAGAGUAAUUUAGUCAUCAAACAAGAGGAUAACAUGUAUGCCUUAUCUAGUGAAAUGAUUAUCACAGAGGAUAAACCACACACAUUUACUGAGUACUCAAAACAUAUUAAAGAAGAGAAAUAUCUACAGUCUAGCCAAAUGAUUCAUGCAAAAGAGAAACCUUUAAAAUCUACAGAAUGUGAAAAAAGCUUUAUAUGGAAGUCUCAUCUACUAGAGCACUACAAAAUUCACACAGGUGAGAAACCAUACACAUGUACUGAGUGCGGCAAAUGUUUUACACAAAAGGGUAAUCUGAAAAGUCAUAAAAAGAUUCAUACAGGAGUAAAGCCUUUCACAUGUACAGAGUGUGGAAAAAGUUUUACACAAAAGGGUAAUCUGAAAAGUCAUAAAAAGAUUCACACAGGAGAAAAGCCUGUCACAUGUACAGAGUGGGGAAAAUUUUUUACAUAUAUGAGUACUCUGAAAACUCAUGAAAUGAUUCACACAGGAGAAAAAUCUUUCACUUGCACAGAGUGUGGAGAAAGUUUUACACAAAAGAGUAGUCUGAAAACUCAUGAAAGGAUUCACACAGGAGAAAAAACUUUUACAUGUACAGAGUGUGGAAAAAGUUUUACAAAAAAGAGUAAUCUGAAAAAUCAUGAAUGGAUUCACACAGGAAAAAAGCCUUUCACAUGUACAGAGUGUGGAAAAAGUUUUACAGAAAAGAGUCAUCUGAAAACUCAUGAAAGGAUUCACACAGGGGAAAAGCCUUUCACAUGUACAGAGUGUGGAGAAAGUUUUACACUAAAGAGUAGUCUGAAAACUCAUGAAAGGAUUCACACAGGAGAAAAACCUUUCACAUGUACAGAGUGUGGAAAAGGUUUUACACUAAAGAGUAGUCUGAAAACUCAUGAAAUGAUUCACACAGGAGAAAAACCUUUCAUAUGUACAGAGUGUGGAAAAAGUUUUAUACUAAAGAGUAGUCUGAAAACUCAUGAAAUGAUUCACACAGGAGAAAAAACUUUCACAUGUACAGAGUGUGGAAAAAGUUUUACAGUAAAAAGAAGUCUGAAAAUGCAUGAAAGGAUUCACACAGGAGAAAAGCCUUUCACAUGUACAGAGUGUGGAAAAAGUUUUACACAAAUGAGUACUCUGAAAACUCAUGAAAGGAUUCACACAGGGGAAAAACCUUUCACAUGUACAGAGUGUGGAAAAGGAUUUACAAACCAGAGUGAUCUAAAAUCUCAUGAAAGGAUUCACACAGGAGAAAAGCUUUUCACGUGUACAGAGUGUGGAAAAAGUUUUAGAGAAAAGAAAAGUCUGAAAAUUCAUGAAAGGAUUCACACAGGAGAAAAGCCUUUCACAUGUGCAAAGUGUGGACAAAGUUUUACACAUAUGAGUACUCUGAAAAUUCAUGAAAGGGUUCACACAGGAGAAAAGCUUUUCACAUGUACAGAGUGUGGAAAAAGUUUUACAAAAAAGAGUAAUCUGAAAAAUCAUGAAUGGAUUCACACAGGAAAAAAGCCUUUCACAUGUACAGAGUGUGGAAAAAGUUUUACAGAAAAGAGAAGUCUGAAAACUCAUGAAAUGAUUAACACAAGAGAAAAGCCUUUCACAUGUACAGAGUGUGGAAAAAGUUUUUCAAAAAAGAGUCAUCUGAAAACUCAUGAAAGGAUUCACACAGGGGAAAAGCCUUUCACAUGUAUAGAGUGUGGAAAAAGUUUUACAAAAAAGAGUCAUCUGAAAACUCAUGAAAGGAUUCACACAGGGGAGAAGCAUUUCACAUGUACAGAGUGUGGAAAAAUCUUUACAAAAAAGAGUCAGCUAAAAACUCAUGAAAGGAUUCACACAGGGGAAAAGCCUUUCACAUGUACAGAGUGUGGAAAAAGUUUUACAAAAAAGAGUAAUCUGAAAAAGCAUGAAAGGAUUCACACAGGGGAAAAGCCGUUCACAUGUACUGAGUGCGGCAAAUGUUUUACACAAAUUAAUCAUCUGAAAACUCAUAAAAACAUUCACACAGGAGAAAAGCCUUUCACAUGUACAGAGUGUGGGAAACGUUUUACAGAAAUGAAUUGUCUGAAAACUCAUGAAAUGAGUCACACUGGAGAAAAGCCUUUCACAUGUACAGAGUGUGGGAAAAGUUUUACAAAAAAGAGUAAUCUGAAAAAGCAUGAAAUGAUUCACACAGGGGAAAAGCCUUUCACAUGUACAGAGUGUGGAAAAAGUUUUGCAAAAAAGAGUCAUCUGAAAACUCAUGAAAGGAUUCACACAGGGGAAAAGCCUUUCACAUGUACGGAGUGUGGAAAAAGUUUUACACAUAAGAGUGAUCUGAAAAAUCAUGAAAAGAUUCACACAGGAGAAAAGCCUUUCACAUGUACAGAGUGUGGAAAAAGCUUUACACAAAUAAGUGGUCUGAAAUAUCAUGAAAUGAUUCACACAGGCGAAAAGCCGUUCACAUGUACAGAGUGUGGAAAAUGUUUUACACAAAUGAGUAAUUUGAAAACUCAUGAAAUGAUUCACACAGGAGAAAAGCCUUUCAGAUGUACAGAGUGUGGAAAAAGUUUUACACAUAAGAGUGAUCUGAAAAUUCAUGAAAAGAUUCACACAGGAGAAAAGCCUUUCACAUGUACAGAGUGUGGAAAAAGUUUUACACAAAUAAGUGGUCUGAAAUAUCAUGAAAUGAUUCACACAGGAGAAAAGCCGUUCACAUGUACAGAGUGUGGAAAAAGUUUUACAAAAAAGAGUCAUCUGAGAACUCAUGAACUGAUUCACACAGGAGAAAAGCCUUUCACAUGUAAAGAGUGUGGAAAAGGUUUUACAGAAAAGAGAAAUCUGAAAUAUCAUGAAAUGAUUCACACAGGGGAAAAGCCUUUCAUAUGUACAGAGUGUGGAAAAAGUUUUGCAGAAAAGAGAAAUCUGAAAAAGCAUGAACCAAUUCACACAGGAAGAAACCUUUAACAUGUUUAGAAAGUAGGGUUGCUACCUUUUGCACAGCCGAUUUCCUGACACUUUGCAAAUGGGCGUGGCUGAGGAUGUGGUUAGGGGUGUGGCUUCACAUAACCUUAAAGGAACAUUCCAGCCAAAAUUGCAAUCCACGUGUAUGCAUUUCAGUUUUGGGUAGAAGCAUUUUUGUAAUAUACAUGUAUUAGAAAAAAUGCUUCUAAUAAAAGUUAUAGUUGUUUUAAAAGUGUAUUUAAGUAUGCACCAGGAUUUUAAAAACAGCACUUGCUCAGAGAGCCUAAGGUGCUUUUACCAUCUGGUAAUGACUCAAUUUGUUUAUUGCUGACAUGAUACAAGACCCACUGGCGCUAUGAGCAGCUGCAGUGUUUAAAAUGCUCAGGUGCACUGAGAGUAUCUAGUUAUGCUUCACAUGUACGUGCAGAGAAAAAUAUCACUGAAAUAGUAAUAACUUUUACUAGAAACAUUUUUGCCAAUACGUGUUUAUUGCAAAUAUGUUUCUAUCCAAAGAUGUAAUUCAUCUGUGUAUUUAAAUUUUGACCGGAGUGUCCCUUUUAAUAAAAUAUAUUUUACAA